GGCUCUGUUUGUUUGUUCUGUCUCGCGUCUCGCCUCUCAAAAUUAUAUAUCAUCGUCGUCUUCCCAGAAUCUUUCCUUUACCGUAAUUUCUUCUCUGAAAUCUUCUUCCAUUCUUCUUCCCCUAAUUCCCCAGUCCUUUUCUUAUUCCCUUCUUCCAUUUGUCAAAUCCAAUCCCCCUUUUCUCUUAAUCUCAAAUCUCCUUCUUUUAUGGAGAACGAAGCCACCACUACCGCCACCAAACUUGGUUCUGAUGGAGUCAAGCCAACCCCCACCGCCACUACCACCGCCGCCUCCUCCGAUAAUGACCAAAACCCCAAUUCCAAUCCAUCCCCGCCCUCUGUUUCAGACCCCCAGAAUGACACUACUGGAUCCGACUCCACCUCCCUUCAAACCCCUUCUCGCCACUCCUCCAGAACUCCCUUCACUAAUCUCACCCAGGUCGAUGCUGACCUUGCCCUCGCUCGUACCCUUCAAGAACAGGAAAGGGCAUACCUGAUGCUUAGAAUGACGAGUGAGGGGAGUGAUUUUGGAAGUUGGGAAGCUGGAAGUUAUGUAUUAGACGAUGAGGAUGGUUUUGGUGAUCCCCAUGAUCAUACAGAAUCUGAUGGGGAUGAUGAUGAGUUUGAUGGAACAGAUGUCAAUGAUGACGACGACGUGUUUGAUGUGCAUGCUCAUGAAGAUGGCGGAGACCAUAACAACCCCAACUUUGAACUUGAUCCAGGUAAUUUUUCUAGUGACGAGGCUUAUGCUAGAGCCCUACAAGAUGCUGAAGACAGAGAAAUGGCUGCCAGAUUAUUAGCCCUUGCUGGAUUACAAGAUCAUGACGCAGAUGACACAGAUGAUCAAGGUGAAAACUCCCAGGAUACGUGGGAGGACGUUGACCCAGAUGAACUGUCAUACGAGGAGUUGCUUGCAUUGGGUGAAGUGGUAGGAACUGAAAGUAGAGGGCUAUCUGCUGAUACAAUUGCUUCUCUACCCUCCAUAAACUUCAAGGCAGGGAGUGGCCAGACUGGAAGCAACGAUUCGUGCGUCAUUUGUCGAUUGGAUUUCGAGGAUGGUGAAACCUUGACCGUUCUCUCUUGCAAACACUCCUACCAUUCUGACUGCAUAAAUAAUUGGCUAAAAAUAAACAAGGUCUGCCCUGUUUGCAGUGCUGAAGUCUCCACGGCUACCGGAAGCAGUUAGUUGUAGCAUGUGGUAUUGAAUGUACUAAAUGAAACAUUUUACAUAUAAGUUAAAUCACGAAGGAUCUUAAUUUCUGUUUUCAUCAUUUUGGCAACACCCAUUUCAGCUGAAUAUCUAUGGAAAAUGUCUAUGGUGGGUCGUACAAUCUCUGGUUUCAUUCUGUAAUCCAAGCCUAGGAAAUUAGUUUGCCUUGUUCAUCAUACAUGAAUCUAAUUUUUUUAAAACUUUUUUUUUCUCUUUUAAAUUUCUCCUUAAUAUAUCCCAAAUCUUGCCUUGUCUCUUCAGUGUGUAAACACAAAAUUUGCUCAGGGGAAGAGCCAUGAGUUAUGAAUCCUACGUUCAUCUUUUUGUU